AAUCUCUGGCACUGACAGUGCAUGGUUCUAAAAGAUUCCAAACAAUGGAUCCUCUGUAUGAUAGAGAGUUUUUCAUAUAAUAAGUUUCAAAACGUUGUACGCUGACACGAUGUUGAUGACGGAGGUCAUACUUAGACUCUUUCCCUUGGAUAUUGAAAGAUCUGAUUGUUCGCUUCGUUUCAUUUCAUUUUAGAUAAACAUCAGCCGCAGCAAUUACCUUCUGAAUGCACUGAGAGUGACGAAGUGGCGAACAAGGCGUUCCUUUUCGGAAUUUAAGAAUCCAGUGGACAAAGAACAGUGGUAUGUUGGACCUCAGCUGGUGAACGCGUUUUACUUACCUAACAGAAACGAAAUAAACAUCCUGGCCGGAAUUCUGCAGCCACCAUUCUUUUACGGACAAAAGGCACCAAGGGCGGUGAACUUUGGAGCAAUUGGAAUGGUUCUGGCACACGAACUUUCCCACGGAUUCGACUCGACCGGGAGAACUUUUAACAAAGAUGGAGAGAUAAUUGAUAACUGGUGGAGUAAAAGCACUUCAGAAGCGUUUGAAAAGAGAUCUAAUUGCAUUGUGAAUCAGUACGAUAAAUAUCCUGUGGAUGGUGGGAUCGACGGCAAAACACACAUCGAUGGAGAACUCACGCUAAGCGAAAACAUUGCUGACAACGGUGGUAUCAGACUUGCUUACUGGGGCUACAAGAAUUGGGUCAAGAACAAUGGUCCAGAGACAUUGCUACCUGGCCUCAACAUGACAAACGAGCAGCUCUUGUUCGUCAGCUUUGCUCAGAUGUGGUGCAGCGUGUUUACUCCAUCAGCUGCAUACACUUUGGCAAAGACAGACACUCACGCACUGGCCAAUUACAGGGUGAUUGGCCCGCUAUCAAAUAUGAAGGAGUUUUCAGAGGCCUUCAAGUGUCCCGCGGGUCAAGGGAUGAAUCCCGAGAAGAAGUGUAAAGUGUGGUGAAGCAAGACUGUCCACAGCCCAACGGCAUCACUCAAGCUUGUCAUAUGAGGCUUUUGAAAAUACUUCUAAGCUAAUUGUAAUUACAGAUUUUUCAAUUACUUUUCUCUGACAGAAAAGAAAAUUACGUCAAUUGUUUGUUGAAAAAAAAUGGUUCUGUCCGAAAAAUUCCGAUUUCUUAGUAUUUCUUAGGCACUGCGAACAAACGUAGACUGAUUUCAUGAACGCUAAUCUAGGUCACAGUGUUGGGACCCUUUCUCGUCCUUGCUUUUCUUUGAUCGGUUUGGGACAAACAGAACGUGUUUCAUUCAACAAUGAGACGCAAUGGACAGGAGAAGCCAGAGUGAAACACACAUAUGCAUUUGGGUGCGUAGUAUUCUCUGCUGACUUGCAGGGAACAUGGUGUCCCAACUUAUUGUGAUGGAGGUUAUAAAUCGUUUUACAAAAAAUCAGUAGAUUUUGUAGAAUAAUCCUUGAUAAACUACAAAACGUCUUUAGGAAGUAAAGAUGGCUAAUGAUAGUAGAGACGGUAAUAGUUAUAAUACUAUAAAUUAGCUAAUAACUCUGCGAUUUAGUUAGAAUCUAUUUUGAUCGGGUAAAACUCGUCGCAAAACAUGAGUGAGAGUUAAUGAAGGCAAUGAACUGUUUUAUGAGUAUUACCUGAUGUUAGAACUAGCAGACAGUGCCACUAUAUACAGGAAACUUUUUGAGUAUCAGAAAAUGCGUGAGUUAAACCGACUGGUUCGGAAAAUAACCACGUUUAACCACCUGGCAAAAUAAUUUUCCAGUUAUUCAUGCAACGAAUCAAAAUAUAUCAAAAAUUGAGAAAGCUAUGAGUAAAAUAUCCAAAAUCGCAUUUUGUAACAUAGGCUUCAGCAAAAAUUGUAGAAAUUUACACUUUCGAAUCGUUGUCUUCGUGUCUUGGGCUAAACAUCAAACAUCUCUGGAAAUGGCCAAAGUAAACUGGACGAAAAUCACUCGUGUAAUAGGUCCUUUAUGGCUCAUCUGGUAUCAAUCAAUUUUUUUUCGAGGAAAAGAACUAAUUGGUAAGGUUUUCUUCCUGUCUAGAAAGUGAAGGCUCGACUAUUCUACAUAACUGAAGAUUUAACUGCACACAGUACGCAAAGGUGCAACAUCUGAAAUUGUCGUCAGAGUGUAACAUCUUCGAGAAUUCACUGAGCUGACUUAAUUGUCAUCAAAUACAUGUGACCCAACAGACAAAAUUGAAUCAAUGAGACGGUCCUUAACUCAUAAUGAGAAGCUUGACGUUUGGCCCGAGGGCCGUUAUAUAGUUUGCCAUGUGCAUGUAUGCAUUUGAGAUGUUUGUUUUUUUAUGAAAUAAAGAAGAACAAAUGUAACA